AGAGACCAGAUCAGCUGACAGAAAAGCACACAGAUUAUUUUCUUCAUAAGGGGAACGUUACGUAACCUGAACUACUGGAAAGAAAUCAAGAGUUUUAGCGUAAAGAUCUGUAUUAAUCUUUUCCAACUUUUCUAGAUCACAAAAAACAUUAUGGGUCGACUGGAAGGGAAGGUGAUUGUGCUGUCCGCUGCAGCACAAGGAAUUGGAAGAGCAGCUGCCAUAGCUUUUGCAAAAGAAGGUGCAAAGGUAAUUGCUCUGGACAUUAAUGAAUCACAACUGAAAAAACUGGAACAGGAACACCAAGGAAUCCAAACACGAAUACUUGAUGUGACUAAGAAAGAACAGAUUGAAAGUCUUGUUAAGGAGACUGAAAAAAUCGAUGUGCUCUUCAACAUUGCAGGUUUUGUUCACCAUGGUACAAUCCUGGACUGUGACGAGAAGGACUGGGACUUCACAAUGAACCUUAAUGUCCGUAGCAUGUACCUGAUGAUCCGCGCCUUUCUGCCCAAGAUGCUGGCACAGAAAUCUGGCAACAUUAUCAACAUGUCAUCUGUUGUAUCCAGCAUCAAAGGAGCAGUAAACCGGUGUGUUUAUGGAACUUCUAAAGCUGCUGUCAUAGGACUAACAAAGUCUGUGGCUGCGGAUUUUGUGGAACAAGGCAUUAGGUGCAACUGCAUUUGUCCUGGAACUGUUGACACCCCAUCACUGAGAGAAAGAAUUCAAGCUCAACCUGAUCCUACACAGGCCCUGAAAGAUUUUAUGAUAAGGCAAAAAAUGGGCAGAUUGUGUAGCGCAGAGGAAGUGGCCCAUCUAUGUGUAUAUCUGGCCUCGGACGAGUCUGCGUAUGUCACUGGGACGGAACAUGUAAUUGAUGGAGGUUGGACCUUGUAACCAGCGUUACAUUAUGAAACUGGGAAUUUGAAUACAAAAUCACUGGACUUCUAAAGACAAGAGAUUCAGCUAUAUCUCCUCAGUUGGAAAACAUUAACAGAAUCAUUUUAAGCACAAAUGUUAAUAUCAACAUAUACCCACAUUUUUUUGCAGAAAUAAUUGCUUAUUAAUUUUUGUAAUAUCAUGCUGUUUUUAAUAAAACUGAACAUUAAAAAUGA